ACUAAAAGAAAAACUUCCCCAGUUCGCCUCUCUACUGGAGUCGCCGCCGCCAAUGGAAACCUCGAAGCGCAGAGCAGCAGCAACAGCAUCAAUUGCUAAUUUAACCAAUGAUAAUUCAGUUCUUCCUAUAGAACUAAUAUUUUUUGAAAUACUCAUAAGGCUGCCUGUGAAAACCUUGCUGAAGAUGAGAUCUGUUUCAAAAUCCUGGAUUUCUCGCAUCUCAACUCCCGAAUUUGUCAAAGCACAUCUAAAUUUUUCAACCAAUAAUCGAGAAUUUGCUCACCACAGGGUUCUCAGUGUCAGGUCAGGUUCUCACAUUCACGACGACGGACAUAUUACUAGAUGGAGAUAUUUCCGUACCUUUUCUCUUUACGCAAUUCUAUAUGGAGAAUCUCCCUGUUUUCCUGUUGAGCUUCAUAAUUUUGGUGUAAGUUAUAAUGUUUUGGGUUCAUGUGAUGGAUUGUUCGUUAUUUCAAAAACCUGGUAUGAUAAUGACAUUGAGAAUCUGUUUCUAUGGAAUCCGUCAAUUAGAAAGUUGAGUAAACUUCCUUAUUCAGGAAUUGAUGUGCACAAACGUAGAUUUGCUUAUGGAUUUGGUUAUAUCGAAUGUCAAAAUGAUUACCAGAUUGUUGAAAUUGUGGCAAGUAAACCUAGUUAUCUCAUUGCUGAUAUUAGUGUUUAUAGUUUACGAAAUAAUUCGUGGAAAACCAUUCAAGAGUUCCCAAGCAUCUCUUUGCCUGAAAAUGUUAAAUUUGUUAAAGGAAAGCUUCAUUGGAUCACUGGUGGUGGUAGUGGUAAUAACGCCACAUGGUUCAACCCCGGAGAUGAGAAGUUUGGCAAUGUAGCAUUGCCGAACCCAAGUGGUGACACUUUUAACUGGAAAUUAGUGUCUUCAUCUGGUAAUCUAUGUAUGACUUGUGACUAUAGAAACAAAACAGAUGUGUGGAUAAUGAAGGAGUAUGGACUUGCAGAAUCAUGGACCAUUGUGGGUUCGAUCCCUAAAUUUGUAAAUAAGGUGGUUUUGCCGAUUUUCAUCUCUCAUAAUGAUGAAAUUCUAUUGCAAGACGUUUCAGGUUUAGUGUGGUGGUAUGUUUCAAGAGAUGAUGGCAGUUUUGAUCGUCCUGAGGAUCAAACACGUUGUGAAUAUGAUCGUGGAAGUGAGCUUAAUCUAUACAUUGAAAGUCUUGUUUCGCCAAAUUCUCCUUGAAGAGCUAUGGAUUGAUGAGGGAAGGAUAGAAAUUUACUUACGCUAUGGUCUAUUGAGGGAAACGAAAUGUGGUUCAACAAGAGGAGUCUUACAAUCUCGGAAAAACCUCUCUAUCUCACAAGGUAGGAAUAAUAAGGUUUGCGUACACCUCACUCUCCACGGAUCCCGCUAUGUGGGAUCAUACUAGGUAUAUUGUUGUUGUUGAGAAAGAGUCAUCAAGUUAAAGAGCAACGUUGAAAUGGUGUGUAGCUAGCAAGUUCAUUAAAAACCAUACAUAAAAGUCAAAAGCUCAAUGCAUAACAAUGUCUAUGUUUGAGUUAACUUUUAGUGCAUUUCAAUUAUAUUUCUUCGGGUAUUAUUACUUUCUACCAUCACAAAUAUCGAAUUAUUAUGUUCGUUAUAGAUCGGACCUAUGAGAAAAAAAGCCCACUGGUGCAAUUGUAUGCUCUUUUUGUAAACGUUAGAUGAGACCCAUACUGGUUU